AUGGACAAACGCCUCUUCCUCCGCAAUGCGCUCCGCCAGAACAAGCCAGCAGUCGGAAUGUGGCUCACGAUGCCUGGGACUGCGCUAGCUCGGACGAUCGCGACCGUUCCCGGGCUGAACUGGAUCCUGAUUGACGGCGAACAUGGGUUGGUGACGGAUCGCGACUUUUACGAGGAAUCCGCCCGUUCCGUCGUCUCCCUCUCCAAGUUUGCGCCUCAAGGGAUCCGCGGCUGUGGCAGCCCAUUCACACACCACGCGUUCGGCGUCGAUGCAGCCGAGUACGAGGCAAAGUGCAACGACGCCCUCCUGACGAUCUUGCAGAUCGAGUCGAGGGAGGGGUUGGAGAACAUUGAGGAGAUUGCCGCCGUGCCGGGAGUGGACGUCAUCUUCAUCGGCCCCUUCGACCUCGCCAAGUCAAUGGACGUCAAGUUCGGCGGCGACGAGCACCAAAAAGCGAUUUCGACCAUUCUCAAGUCUACGAAAGCGGCGAAGAAGCACGCUGCCAUCUUCUGCGCGACGGGCGACCAGGCACGAGAGCGUCUCGAGCAAGGCUUCGAUAUGGUCUCGGUGUCGACUGACACACACUCGCUCGUGCGGGACGUGUCGCUGCAGCUGGAGGCGCUGAAGAAGUAG